AUGGCUGUGAUGCAGAGUGACCCGCUGGUCCUGUCAAGCCGGUCUGUUGUCCACGCCGUCAGCCACUGGCUCUCGGAGGCUUGCACCGCAGGGCUCGAAAUGGACCACACGAAAGCGCACAACAGUAUCGCGCGCCGCAUCGUUGAGGAGGCGUUCGGAAAAGAGGUAGUUCCCGAGACGGUCAUCCUGACGUGCCGGCUGGCUUGGGCUGGCCCUCGCGUUUGUUGCGUCUCGGACGAGCUCGCAGAGGCCAUCUGGCCCACCAAGGCCCUGCCACAGGGCGGUAGCUGCGCCCCGGGGGCCAUGACGGCCACGCAGGCCUUCGACUCCCACGUCGGCGUCGUGGAGAACGCCACCAAGCGCCAAGAGUGGGACGCUCAGGGCAAGCAGCUGGUUGAGCACUUAGGCUUCGCGGCGGCACCGGCAGCAGAUCCGUCCCAACCCAUCUUCCCCAUGGGAGGCUGGAACAAGCUGCUCGUUGCCCUCGCGGUUCUCGCCUUGCUCCCGGGUGCCAUGGAC